AUGCAAAUUCCAACCAACAAUGGUAAUCCCUACCCUCAAUAUUCUUAUCCCUAACAAGGUUAUGUGCAAUAUCCAUAAGUUUACCCUCAAUAAUAAUAUUAAUAAUACCCUGGAUAUCAGAUUCCAUAGUAAUAAUAUGCAUAAUAACCAAAACCAAAGGCUGUUGUUCCUGCAAAGAAACCAGCUCCGUUUUCUUUUGAACCAGGAAGCAAUAAGGAGUUAGAUGAUGCCUUGAAUAGUAUAGAUACAAUGUAUAAUGAUAUGUUUGACACAGUGGAUAAUUAGAAACAGAGACAAGAAUCAGGACAGGAGAAGGAAGAGGAGUAUUGUAUAGGCAUUCCGAUUGAUUAGAAAAAUAAUGGUCCACAGAUUUAGUUAAAUUAAGUGCCAAACAGCUUUGGAAACAUACAAUAGGAUCCAGAGAAAUGGAAUUAUUAUAAUGGAAAUCGUAAUUCCUUCUAUUGA